AUGAAGACUGUGUUGUUAGUUGUUGGAAUGUGUUUAAUUCUGUGUGACGGGCGAAUUGUGAAGUAUCGAGUGCCGCCCCGUAACCAACGUGUUUCUGUGUCCUACGAGGAUCACUUCAGCGAUACGAGUCAGGAUGCAGUCUAUGACGACGAAAAUAUGCAUCAUGAAAAGAUGCCACCAACCAUUGAGUAUCAACCAUCGUACGGAUAUUCGAGAAGCCCGAAGCGAAAAUAUGUGAGUGAGAGUGAUAUUAGCCCAAACAGAGCGAAAUUUCUACCAGGGAAGAACCGAGGAAAGCAUCUUCAGUAUGCGGAGAUCCCCCAGGAACAUUUCUUGAGAGAAAGUCCACCAAAAACAAUUCAUUACAAUCCGGAGAUUGGUGAGAGAAAGAAGGAACAUCGAUCUAUUCCAAGAUACGAACCAGCUCAUCGGCCAAUGCCAUCGCCGCCUGCGCCACUGUAUUUUAAAUCGGUACCACCCAAAGCAUCAUGUCCGAAAAAUCUUCUGAUCGGUUGUACACCCACAGUGACAAGAGUACCAUGUGGCGGAUAUCCAUCGGGCGACACUCAUAAUGGAGGUUAUCACCGAACACCAAUGAUAGGAUCACCUGGGCCCGAUUUUUCGAGGCCCUCUUACCAACCGCAAUCGCCGCAGUAUGAAGAGCCACAUCCACCGCCAGCAUAUCAACCCCAUCAACCAGAAGCACCUAGUCCGUUCCAGGGACCACCCCACCCACCGCAAUACACACCAUCCCAUCAGGCCAAAGUCACCCCGAAGCCUCCUCCAGCCAGCUAUCCACCCAUGUACAGAACAGAGGAUUCCAAAUUCAGAGUACCAUCGUUUUCGCCACCGGUUAGGGAAACUCCAGAGGAACAUUCGCAGCCCCCGUUCAUAUCUGCCUUCCCAACAACAACAACGACAACAACAACACCAGCAGCAGCAUCAACGACUCCUGCAACAAAGGCUGCCGCCCAGGUGCGUACACUCGAGGAUAAUGAAGAUGACGACUUCCCGGUGGCCGAGGUCAAAAAAGUUACCACAACAGACGUCAUGAAAGAAGGCUCGGGAGAUGAAAUGGACGUAACGGUGGCCGAUGCGCAACAAACCACCACUUCCGCCAACAGUACGAUGAGUCCUCCGACGCCAGUUCAAAACAGCGCCCGAUAG